CUGAUGCUUGCCUAGCUGAACCAUGUCGUUUCGGCUAUGAUUUCGUUGCAUACAUUUUCAUAUAGCGUGAAAAUGAGUAAAGAGUAGGCCGAACUGGAACCAGUCAGUAGCGCAUUCCUCAAACCUAAAGUUGUCUAGGUAAUCAUAAUAAUAGUUCUAGUAAAGGGGUCUCCUUUUAUUUAAAAAAUAAUGCAACGGUAAUCUAUUGUGCCGAUGACGAUCAAUAAAUUAAUCAUCGACCAGUGAUAAGAUUAAUAAUUAUGAAUUGAUUUUGUGAACAUAUUUUAAUCAGUACUGUUUUAAACUUCAAGGAAUCGGUACCCAAGUGAUAUCGCGGUGUUUUUUUAAUAAGAAAUGUAUUUCAACAUGGAUCCAGUGGUAAUUUCGUUUCAAUAGUUAAAGCAUAUUCAUUUGAAAUCUAAAUCUUUCGCGAUGGGCAAUUCUAAAUCAAAGAAAAUUCAGAAAGAACCUGACAAGUUUUUUGAACGAGAAAAAUGGAAAGAGCAGAAAAGAGAGGAAAAGAAAAAAAAGAAUGCUAAUCUCCAAAAAAGGGCUCCAGUGAAGGAUCCACCCUUAUCUCCAUCGGCGAUGUUAUCACAGCCUGCCCUUGCACCGGUGCCAAACCCUGCGCCUACCCAAGUGCGCUCCUACGACGAAGCCGCCUUGGAUACCAUGCGAACUCAACUUGCUACUGACAGUGAUGCAUUCUUACUGAACAACAUCCUUAUGUCCGUGCAAUUCUUUGAAAACUAUGAAAGGGAGGUGCAACAAAUUAAUAACAAUCCCAUCAGCGAACGUCAGCACCAAAUGGACGAAGCAAUGGUACAACAUCAUAAGCAUGUCUUCUUUGCGGAUAAAAUUCAAGAAUGUGUGCAAGAUCAUAUAACUUACCAAAGACGUUCUGAUCAGUCGGAACCAAUCGUAGCUCCUCGACUAUUUAUAAUAUACGAUAACGUAGAAGCAAGUGAGCCUGGUGAUACUUCUGAUUAUUGCGCAGUACUUGAUGCACCAUUUUACAAACUUCGAAUAGAAGAUAGCAAGCAAUCAGGAUAUAUUAAACUAAAGAAGCUAGAAAUUUUAGAAAGCACGCUUCCUAAAGAAAAUCCAACUAAGAUUAUACCAACAUUUAGCUGUGACGAUAGCGUAUACACUGAUUCUGAAAAAGAAUCACAUGCCUCGGAUGAUCCACCAUACUCAGACAAGGAAGAAGUGAUACAAAAAAUAAAAAUAAAACUACCUAAUCUACACAAAAAGAAUUCCCGGUAUAUAGAUCUCGAAAAAUUUGAUAAUGCUUCAUUAGACGACAUAAAUAAGAAAAGUAACGAUGAUAAUAUAUUUCCAAAUAAUGAAAUUUUAGCCAGCAUUAAAUGUCAAGGAACAGAAGUUUUAUUUAAUUUAGAUAGUAAAGAAAAUGUGGGUCAUGAUAUAAAACCCAGAAAAUCGAUUUUAAAGAAUACGAGGCGCACUAGUGAAACAAUGAAUAAGUCUCAGUUGGACAGUACUCACACAAUCUUGCAAACAAGUAACAUAUCCUUAGAUAACAUUGCAGCUGAAGAUACAGAGACCUCGGGAUACCGAUCAAAUGCAAGCAGUCGUCAAACGGAGUCAAGUGAAACAGAGUCUGAUUAUGGUUAUGCAACUAUAACAAAUUUGACGACACCGAAGAAAGUAGAACUUAGUUUACAGACAAACUAUGCGACUACUUCUGGAGUCCUACCAGAUGAAAGUUGGUUAACAGUUAACGUUAGAUCAGUUGACUGGAGUGAUGAAGAGAACGACGAUGCGGGUUCAAAAGUAUCGCUGAAUAGAGACCUAUACGAAACUCAUCAUUAUCUGAGUUCUAUAACUUUUAUGAAUGAUUUUGUAGAUAACUUUAUACUACAUUUAGGUACUGGUUUAGGAUUUUCUCAAGAUACCGUGAAAAAUUCACUAACACAGGGGGCUAGUAUUUAUUGUAACGCAACAAGGAGUGGCUCGACUGUUAGUUAUGAAGUUUUUCCUGCUCUAAUAGCCGCUUGGCCAAAUGCUGCCAAUCAAUGGAUUAUACGAGAGAGAAAAAUAGUAAAAAACCCGAGGACCAACUUCUGUUAUCAAUGGCCCACACAAUAUAUGGUGAGCAAAGCGAUUGGUUUUGGUUGUUUACUAGUACCGAUAGGAUUUAGGCCAAAAAGAGGGGUCAACCCGGAUCAAAAGUUACAAUGGAAGGUUAUGUUUCCAGCAGCAGAACGCUAUUUAGAAAGUUGCUUGGCUCACUCUCAUAUGCGAUGUUACUUAUUUGCUUUAGCUUUACACAAAACUUUUAUGGAAAAUGAAACUUCAAAAAUUGGAAUUGAUGCUAGUCACAUAAAAAAUCAUUUGUUCUGGCAAUGUGAAAAUAAUUAUGCCAGUUGGCCAGAAGAUCGCCUUGGGGAGUCUCUACGCUCUUUUUUGAAAAGUUUCUACAAACCUUUCGGAAUGUCACGGUUUCCAAAUUAUUUUAUCGAAAAUUGCAAUGAAUUCAAAUACAUCCCUAAGCCCCUGCUAUUACAGCAACAGAGAAAAUUGGCUGACAUUCUGGAGACACCUGUUAUGCAUUUAUUACAUGCUCUUAACAAACUGAAGUAUACAAAGAAAGAUUUCUAUCCAAAAUUUAAUUGCCAAAGACUCUAUGACAUUUUAACUUGCAAGAAUCCGUGGCGAAUACUAAAUCCACAAAUACCUGUUGUUAUGUCCAAUUAUAAUGAAAGUUCUGAUAGUGAUGAUGAUGAUGAUAAAGAUAAAGCUUAUGAUAAAGAAUAUCAGUGGAAAAAGGAAAAAUUGAAACAAAUUAAAGACAGAAGACGGGCUAAUACAGCUACCAAGAAACAAAAAAAAACUGAAAAAAGAGAAAGAGAAAUUAAUAAAAGUAUUAUAUUACCUGCAAAAAUGGAAGUAGAGCGUCGGCGUUUGGUGCUAGAGUUCUUCAUACCGCAUUUCAUAGCGAUGGCACGUUCAAGUGAAAAGUUUGAUGCUCUCAAUCAAGCAGUCAUUUAUCUGGAGCAAGCCAGAAGAUUGUGCUACCUUUUGCGAGAAGAGCCCGCUGGAGACGGAACAGCAAAAGAGUAUUUAGAUGUCAUUCGUGAUAAAUUAAGCGAUUGUCAACGUAAACUCGUGAAUUUGGGAGGCUAUAGACUACCCCCGAGAGAAAAAGCUCACACCGAACGUAACUUACCGCCCAACUUGAAUCGGAAACACCGGCCAAAGUGUGAACAUAUCAUAAAUCAAGACUCUCCUUCUGAAGGUGGUAGGUUUCAUUUCGCCGAUAUACAUCUUGAAAAUAAUUUUAAUCAAGAAAUGAAGAAAUACCUGGAUAUUAAUGGUCCAGAGGAGUCGAAGUUAUAAAUAAUUCAUUUUCCUAUUUUGCAGACAGAAUAUGUUCAGUAUUUUCUUUCGACAUACUACCUACUGGGUUUAACGUUGAUACUCAUAUU